AUGACAUGCCCAUCUUACACUGUUUCUGUGUCGCCGCGAGUGCGGGAGAAGUUCCCCGUACUGGUGUUCAUCCACGGCGAGUCGUACGAAUGGAACUCGGGCAACCCGUACGACGGCACCACGCUCGCCAGCUUCGGCCGCAUCAUCGUCAUCACUCUCAACUUCCGGCUCGGCAUCCUCGGUUUCCUGCGCCCGGAGUUCGGUCCGGACUCAGCGAGCAACCUGGGGCUGCUGGACCAGAUAGCGGCGCUGCAGUGGAUCAAGGACAACAUCGCCGCCUUCGACGGCGACCCCACCAACGUGACGCUCAUGGGUCACGACACGGGCGCCGCCUGCGUCAACCUGCUGCUCGUCUCGCCCAUCACGGAGCAAGGGCUGUUCCAGCGCGCCAUCCUGAUGAGCGGGUCGGCGCUGUCCGACUGGGCGCUGACGGCGAACCCGCGGCCGGUGACGAUCCAGGUGGCGGACGCGCUCAACUGCCCCACGCAGAACGAGCUCCUGGCCUGCCUGCGCCGCCAGAGCCUCGAGGACCUGAUGGCCGUCCAGGUGAAGGCGGCGCCCUUCGUCUCGCCCUUCGCGCCCGUCGUCGACGGCACCUCCGUCCCGAACGACCCCGAGCAGAUCAUGGGCGUCUACCAUAGCCUCUUCAGCAGGUACGACCUGAUGUACGGCGUGACGCAGAUCGAGAGCUACCAGCUGUUCGGCAAAGAGGCGCUGGUGUACGGCAUCCUGGAAAAGGUGUGCCUUGAAACGCUGAAAGAUUACAUGCAGGCGAGGUUUCAGAUCCGGACGGAGCUGGCGGUGGGGGAGGCACAGGCGCUGUACAGCCGCGGCGACUGGGACGCGCCGCUGGACGCCGAGGACCACCGCGACGCGCUGCUGCACAUGCUGACCGACGCCCGCGUCGUGGCGCCCGUCGUGCGCACCGGCGACUACCACUCCAGGGUCAACGACCGCUCCUACUUCUACGUCUUCACCCACCGCACUGUCUACGGCGACUACUCCAAUUCCAAGCCGCAAGGCAGCAUAAGCGGCGAGGAGCUGGCGUACGUGUUCGGUGCGCCCGUGGAGGGGAGCCGCCACCAGCACCCGCACAUCUUCACGCCUUCCGAGAGGAUCCUCUCCGAGAACGUCAUGACGCUGUGGACCAACUUCGCCAAGACUGGGAAUCCAAACGAGCCACACCCUGUGACGAGCAACGAACCUGUAGUGUGGCCCAAGUACGACCGUGAAGGUCAAAGGUUUCUUCAGAUAGACGAUCGGCUGUCGGUGGGCAAGCAGUACCGGCGGCGCUACACGGACUUCUGGAAUCGCGUGCUGCCCGAGAGGCUGAACAAGUCGUCGCGCGAGAGCUUCCCCAACACGAUGUCGCCGCACGGGCCGGCGCGCGCGCCGCACCCCGACGUGCAGGUGUCCCCGGCGUGGAGCCCGCCGCCCGCCUACCCGCCGCUGCGCCACCGCCCGCUGCCACCCCCGCCGCCUCCACUGCCCGCGCCGCCGCAGCGCACGCGGCCCUUCGACCCGCACUACAACUUCGAAAAGCCCUUCGGCGCCUCCUCCGGCAACAGAUGGGCGACGCCGCAGCCGCCUGGGGGCGGCGUGCCGUACGGCGAGCGUUCCAUCAACGACCGGCCGGACCACAGGGGCGCCAACGUCAGCGCCGCCGACAAGCCGCACGCCGCAGAGUUCCGCGAGCAACGCGACAAACUGCGCGUCCAGCAGCAGCUGAUGCGCCAGCGCUACGAGGACGUCACGGCGCUCGCCACCUCCGACGAGGACGACGCCGGCGAGCGCUACGUCCACAAGAAGGCCGACGCAGCCAGGCCCGCCACCUCCGCCGCAGCUGCCGCCGUCGCCGUGCGCGUCGCCACCGUCGACCGUCGACUCCGCAGGAAGAAGGAGCUCAUUGGCGCGGACGACGACUACGAAGCCAUCCGCAGCGCCGGCCGCACGGUGGAAGGAGCAGUGGCCGUCGCGUCGCCAGAGGCCGCGCUGCCCGCGGAGGACCUGCCGCUGGCGGGGGCGGCCGGCGCGGGGGCGGUGGCGCGGCGCAGCGCCUGGGGGGCGGCGCGCCAGUACAGCGGCAGCACCAUGGACCCGCACACCAAGGUGCGCGAGUGGAUCGCGCAGGAGAUCGUCCAGCGCUACUCGCCGCGCUUCCUCCGGCGCGCCAAGAAGACCGAAUCGCACGCGCCGGUGCUGCAGUCGUCGCAGAGCAUCCAGACGUCCUUCGACCAGGUGUCAACGUCCACGGCGACGCCCAGGCAGCUCAAGCGGCAGCAUGCCAUAGAGACGGCAGAGGUGGCUGUCUCAGCUACAGCCGCCGACGUGUCCGGGCACGGUUCCCACAGGUCCCGGCCGAAGAAAGUUUCCGUCGCCAUUGAUGCCACUCCGUCUGGAAGAGGCUCGAGCGUAGAGCACUCUAUGAGCAAAUCGAUGGACGAGCUCGGGACCUGCGUCUCUACGUCCAUGUUAACCCUAAAGAAACCCGCCCUCAAGCGGUCGCUGACCAUGGCGGAGGACCUAGCUGUUGCGUCCACUUCUAUUUCGCCGAGAAGCUCGUCUUCUGGCGAGCUGUUGAGCAGGAGCACUGCCAACAUCAGCCUGAAGUACACUCUUCCCAAUCAGCCGGCCCAAAAUCUCGAUGUCGUCAGAGUGGCACACGCUCAUUCCAGAUCAGAUCCAGCGGCCAGUUCUAAUCCACAUGUGCCGUCACAAUUGUCGGGCUCUAUGAAGAGUGGACACUCUCAGCCAGCAGAACUUCAUGCUGUAAAUAUCUCCUUAGAUCCUCACACAUCGCCAUCGGUGAUCUACGUCCCUGGUGGAAAGAUGCAGCAAUUGCAGACGUUCCCAGCAGGAAUUCAUCUUAGGUCAAAGGCUCUGCCAAAGAAAGAUGUUGCAAUUACUGCAACGCCCAUUCCUGUGGACGUCAAUGUGACGUCCAGAGACAGCAAUGGAGAAGAAACAGCCCAUGUGGGUGAUCCUCUGUCAAAUAUUCAGAAGAGAAAAUUUCCAAAAGUGCUGCCAGACUUCCCACAAGACGCUCCUACCAACGAGGUCGAGACGUUGGCAGCCCAGGCGGAUAACUUCAAGAGGAGGUCGCUUCCACCCAAUUCCCUCUUCAUGGCGUUGCCAGUCUCAGAAGUACCUGGUUCUCAGUCAUCUUCUGUUGCCUCAUCAGCAGCUUCUUUCAAAGACAUUCCAGGAAAGUCGAGUCUCACCAAGGUGCCGCCACCUCCACCGCCUAGGAUAUCCUCGACUCUGGGCCGAAAGCCCGCCAACACGGCUCCCAUCACACCACUUCCCACCAUUCCAGCUGGAGCUGUACCGGUUCACACCAGUUCCGAAAAGAAGACUCAGGCAGCUGCGGAGGUGCCUGUAGCAGCUACAGCUUCUGCACCGUCCCAUUACCAGAGGAUCGAGCCGAGGGUCAUCAUCAAGCCGACCAUCACCAGUCCGCAGACGAAGAAGGCUCAGGCAGCCCGCGGUCUGCAGAGCAUACCCCGCGUGACACCUAGCGAUCCAGUGACGCAUCCGGCACCCGGACCGCCGUCGCCGCGCUCGCCGGUGCAGGUGGAUAAACAACCUCAGCUUAGGGCGGCUGAUCCGUAUGCGCUUCCUGUGGCCAGGCAGCUUCCGACAGUUGCCACUGUCCACCAAGCUCCGAGUAGUCCUCAACAGCCUCUACAGAGCCUUCCAGUUGUUCAAGAGGAGGUUAAUCACCCGCAGCAGCAGUCGGCUGUAGCUUUCGUCGCGCCCCAGCAGAAAGCCCAAGCGAAGCAGACAGCGGCGGGAAAACAGGCACCGUCCUCUCCGGGCAAAAAGCGCCUGCAGCCCGUUCUCAAAGUUGUUGCGGAGACGUCGACGGACCCGUUCGAGGACACCGACUCCAGUACCGGCACGGUAAAACGCGUGAAGCGUCCCGCAGCGAAAGCCGCCCAAGGACAGACUCAGACGCAGCGAAAACCAGCGACCGAGGCAGCGCAGCACGCGAGUCCGAAAUCGACGAAGAAGGCUGCGCAACAGACGAAGCAGCUGACCGCUGCGCAGCAGACGACGCAGCCGGCGGCACAGCAGGUGUCGCCGCAAACCAGACCGGCGGCGGCUACGGCCAGCGCCACGACGAGCACCUCGGAACUGAGUUCGCCCUUAACCGAGGGCCGUGCUCACCCGCCGAAGAAGUGGUACAAGCAGUACCAGCACUCUUUCGUUUCCAAAUCGGAGGACGACCAGAAGACAUAAUAUUCGCGCGAGCAGUAUUCGUAUUUCCAGAGAGCUUAUUAUGCUUUUGUACAAAACAAAAACUUUUUUGCUUAAUUUUUCUUUUGUAAUUUCACUUUUUUUUUCAACGUCUCUGCGCUCCUACUUUGAGAGGCGCUGUUUCAGAGGCGUAACGAGACACUUGGGCACGUCCUGUAUUCCGUCUGUUGUACAAAACUCGAAGUAUUAUUAUUACUACCUGUCCGUAUUGCUGAGAAGUUUAUUACAAGUUCCUUCCGCUGUAGACACUAACGUCGGUGAUGCUGCUUUUUUUUGUAUAUUGUUGUCAUUUGCGCAUCGGAGCUGAAGCAUGCGGCAGACAGAAACUGUCUCCCCACCUUUCCUUUACGCGCUGUUAACAGUAGAUUAGUAGUAACGUCUGACCACAUUAAGCACGUGUAAUCAUCUCCUCAAUUUUUCCAUAAGAUGUUGUAACAGCACAUUUAACUCUCGCAUGUAAGAGAAAGAACGCGAAUAAAAUAAAACUUUGAAUGUUAAGAGUAAAUACAGUUUAACACUUUUGUAUCGCUCUGUGUUUACCAUGAACGCAAAACAUUUACUACGCUGUGACCUUAGCAGAACUGAAUAUUGAUGCUUUCACUGAAAUAAAAUAUUUGUCACCCGUAACAUACCGCCCAAAUUUUGGUAUACGUUGAAGUCUACACCAAUUAUUAUGCAACAUACAGGUUGUAGCUAAAACCCCUACAGAGUCUGAGGUCAGGUUCCCUACACCAAAAGAAGAAAAGAUAUCUAGUACCAUAAUCUAAAAUAUCUAGUACCAUGAGAGCUCUAAGCACUUGUUCGUCUUUGAUACUGUGAAACAACUCUCCUGCUGAAAGCUCUUUGCUUUCCAUAUUAUGGGAGGGACCAAUAUGAGAAAAAAAGUGUACAAAUAUGGCCUGUAAAAUGCGUACCUCAGGAGAUACGCGCACUUGACAUAAAUGUUUUCUUAGUAUCGUACCGCGCCAUAAUGCAAAAAAAAAAGAAAAAGAAAAAAACUAUGCUGGAGAAACCAAUGUUUCAGUCACUGCUAGAUUUACCUUCUUACGAGUCUACUGAUGUUUUUUAUCUGUGUGGAAUCUCUUAUAUUUAGCCAUUGUUGUUGACUGCGCAUAACGUUACGUCAUAAUUUUGAAAGGUCGUUGUUGUGAUUGGUCACUUGAGGCAGACGGAGCGGAAACUUUAUUUAAAUAGGUUGCUACGGUGCUGGAAGUGGGAAUCUGCAUUUGUCUAUCGCUUCUUGCAUUGUUUGCUACGAUUGGUGCUCAUCGGUAAAUGAGGUGUGCGCUCCUGUUUUCCACCUGCUGGAUGCAGGCCGCGUGGCUGCGGCCACUCGCCUGUAGAGCUCGCGUCACUUGUUGAUCGUGCUGUCUGUUCGAAUCUGAAGAUUGGCAGCCAGGAUGGGGCAAGCCUGUAUCCAGCCUCUCUGUUCUUCUUCUUAUGAGGUUUUAUUAUUUCUGUGGCUUCUCUGAUGUUGCGUUUCGAAAAGAUCUACUGCCUAGCCAGUAUGCGGGUUUCUUGCCGCAGUUUAUGGUUUAUGGUAUUUGGCCACUGCAGACAUGCUGUGCUGUCCCAGACGAAUGUAGUGCUCAUGUUUCCGUACGCGCGUUGCCAUGGCCUGCCAGUGUCACCGAUGUGUGCUUCUCCACACUGAACUUCUAUACACCGACAUUCCACCUAGUACGCACCUGCAGUGUGUAAAGUUUCUGUCUUGUCCUUCGUGGAGCCUAGCAUAUUCUGGACCUUAGAAUUGCUGUUGUAGACAGGCCGGACGCCAACCCCUAGAACAAUUUUACCAAUACAGUCAGUGACAUUUUUUACGUAAGGUAAGCACGCUGCUGGCUGCAGUUUGUCGGUUUCUUACCUAUCUCACUUUCUUUUGUUUGUUGCCAUGGCUAUUUGGAUCGAUUUAUGGUUGUAGCCACUGACCGCGAACGUUGUACACUGAUUUUUAAGCUCUUGUGUUAGGUUUCGAGCACCGCUUAGGCGCUGCGCAUGGACGGCCAACGGGGGGAUACCUGAGUUGUUCUGCAUUGGGUGGUGGUUUGAUUGGGUGUGCUAAUACCUGUCCAUAAGUGUAGGCCUCCUGUAUACUCUGUGUCCCACUGUGACGCCCGUUGCAGAAAAUUUCGUUUCUCUAGAAGAGCUCUUUUACGCUAUGACGUGGUACGAUACUCGACAAACUUUUUAUUUCAACUGAUUCUGACCGAGGAAUCCUACGCAAUUACACCUAAGAGCACUUGUUCAGUUGCAGAGAUAUGUUUCACUGCAGCAGGAACAGGAAGUGCUCAUGAUAGCUCUUAAAGUGAACUUUCAGACCCCAUGUUUAUUAGACUUCUUUUUCUUGGUUUGGUCCAUGGUACCAUCUUCCCAAAAUGUGAGAAGCAAAGAGCUUGCAGUAGAAGAGAUGUGUGUCAAUGCAUAGAAGAUGAACAAGUGAACGUAAGUCUAGAGGUAUGCAUUUUAGAACCCAAGAUUACUAGACUCUUUUCCUUCAUUUGGUGUAAGAAACCUGUCCUCAAAGUAUGUAAAGGGAAUUUAUUUACACCCUGCAUUUUGGAGUGAAAUACGUUUUCACAACGCUAAGCAGCAGUUUUGAUGCAAUAUAAAUGGGAACUUAAUAUGUCUCGUAGUAUUAUCCUGAAGAAGUGUUAAAAACUGAUUCAUUCAUCGGGAUAAAUGUACAUUUGUUUGCUUGCGUUCAGAUGUGCAACGGGUUUCGUUCUGAAGGGGCAACAGGCUUCAUAAACAUACAUCAUAUUCACAAUGGUUUCAUAAUUCCUGUUUCUGGGGUCUUGAAGCUGUAGAGAAGACUUAGUAGAUAAAGUUUUGGUAAGGGAACAAUAACCGGAAUUGUACCUUUUGGAUAUGAAAGUAGUUUGUAGAUAAAAUCUCUUUGCAAUCUUCUGGUUCCCAGCACGCACACAGUGGAGACAAUGAUCUCUCAGCCGCAUACUCUGCAGGAAACCAUGGCGUAGACAGUGUUUCGAGUAUCAGUCCCAUGGUUCUCGUCUUCAUCACGAAGCACGUCCUUUUUGAAGUCGAGAGUGUGGCGUACCAGUUUCUCGCAGGCGUUGUUGUAGUCGGACGAAAGUAGUGUAGUUAACAAGAGGCACUGAAGACGGAAUCCUCUUCUCAGAUUAUGUGCAUACCGUGAAACGGGACAUUUGAAAGAGUUUCGAUUCUCAAACUCGCCUUAGACCUAAACGGUGCAUUUCCGAACGUGGCUCCCUUGCCAAAAUUCUAUCUACUAAGGCCCCUCCACAACACCUAGAAGUCUGAAACAGGAGUUAUCAAACAAAUGAGGAAGAAUCCCCACAAACAUUAAUCUAAUGUAAAAGAUCAAGGAGCUGCCAUAGGCAAUGGUCGAGAGUUACAAAAAAAAAAAAAAAAAAAAAAAAAAAAUAUAUCCACUCCGAAUCCACUGAGAGGAGAGGAAAAUAACGUCCAGUUUCGUUUACCAUUGCCCUUUUCUACACUGUUUUCGCUGCCAUUAACUGUUGACAAUAAAAUUAGAUACGCCACAGUCUACGUUCCAUUGGUGUCUGCUUGCAAUACGACAUAGUCACGCUCGGCCUAAACCUGCCUAAAGAUAAAUUUCUAUGUAUAAUUGCUGCUCAUAUUUACUGGAGUCGCUGUGCAACGCAAGCUGUAUUAUCGAAAUAUCAGUUUCAUUUGGAAGUGAAACGUAAUUUGUAAAGAAAUUAACUCUUAAAUAACUACCUCAUUUUCCAGAAACUAUUUUCUAGUUUUGUAAUCAUAUGAAAGUUAAUUAUUUGUAGAUACGUUUAUUCAAAUGUGAAAACUGAAAUUGUAAUCUCUACAGAGCACAUAUUAAAUUUACUAUACAAAAAUCUGGAAAUCCUAGCUGUAAGACUCUUGUACAAUAAAUACCCUUUUUGUUGUGUAA